AACAACCCAGUGCUGAACAGCGUUAGUGUGUGCACGAUGAAGGCCAUGUCAGUGCUGCAACUUCUACUCUAUGUUCUCUUCCUAACGGUCUUGUUCGCCUGGUCGGCGACUUGCCACGUGGCUGUGCGCGCCCACCUCACGCACGUCGACAGCACCCGUGGCUUCACCAAGCGCGACCUACUCCACCGGAUGGCAGUUCGGACGCGGAACCGCGUCAACAAGCGGUGGUCACCGCCCGGUCGCGGCCGCGGCGGCACCAGCGACUACGCGGUGACUGCAUCGGGGUCCCGCGACGUGGAUGUCCCCAAUUCCGAGUACCUCAUCCACUUUGGCAUCGGCACACCGCGCCCUCAGCGUGUGGCGCUGACGCUGGACACUGGCAGCGACCUCAUUUGGACGCAGUGCGCUUGUGCAGUCUGCUUCGACCAGCCGUUCCGGGCUAUCGACACCUCCACCUCCGGCACCCAACGCGGUGUCUCGUGCUUCGAUCCCGUCUGCACGCGCGGGGGCCUCCCGUUCUCCGGAUGCGGCGUCAAGGACAACUUGUGCUUCUACGCCUACUCCUAUCCUGGCAACUCGAUCACGACGGGCAAGAUCUACGAGGACACCUUCACCUUCCAGGCGCCCGGUGGCAAGGUCGAUGGCGUGGCCGUGCCUAGCCUACGCUUUGGCUGCGGCAUGUACAACAAGGGCAUCUUCAAAUCAAACGAGUCGGGCAUUGCCGGCUUCGGCCGCGGGCUGAUGUCUCUGCCGUCGCAGCUCAAGGUCAACAAGUUCUCCCACUGCUUCACGAUCACCGGAGAGUACAAAACCAGCCCCAUGUUCCUGGGUACGCCAGACAACCUUGAAGCGCAAGCCACGGGGCCCAUCCAAUACACCCCAUUCGCCCCAAGCCCCGAGGGUCCAAACAGCUCACAGUACUACCUUUCGCUCAAAGGCAUCACCGUCGGCAAGACGCGACUGAUGUUGGACCCGUCGGUGUUUGUGCUCAAGGGUGAUGGCUCCGGCGGGACGAUCAUCGACUCUGGCAUGGGCAUCACGACCUUCCCACGUGCCGUGUUCCAAACACUCCGGGAUGAGCUCGCGAAACAGGUUCCACUAACUGUCCUCGACGGCACGACGAUCGAUGGCGCCGAGUUGCUGUGCUUCUCCACGUCGCCGAACCAGAAGGUGCCCACCAUACCGAAGGUGAUCCUCCAUCUGGAGGGCGCGGACUGGGACCUUCCACGGGAGAGCUACGUGCUGGAUUUCGAGGACGGUCUGUGCGUGCCGAUAUCUUCGUCGGGCGAGAGCGACAUGACCAUCAUAGGCAACUUCCAGCAGCAGAACAUGCACAUCAUCUACGACCUCGAGAGCAACAAGCUGGGCUUCGUGCCUGCACGCUGUGACAAGCUGUGACUCACUCAACGUGCACCUGCAUGUGUGGAUGUAUGCGUCAACGCGUGUACUCUACGUACCUACGUAUCUACUGGUUACGUCUCAGGUAAAAAACGAGCACAAAGGAACAUGUGUUCUCUAUGUACCAGUCCUGCUAAAUAAAGGAGGAAUUAUUCCUAGUCUGAUGACAUCUAUUGAAAGAUCCCAU